AUGGCCCUGCAGCAGACACCCCUCGGCCUCACAGGGGGCUCAGCCUCGGUGCAGUACAUCCACAGCAUGCCUGCCUGGGUGCUGGAGGACUUCUGCCAGAAGAUGGACUGCCUGAGCGACUACGACUGGAUGCGGUUCGCCUCCUAUGUGAUCACUGACCAAACAGAGCUGCGGAAAAUCAAGUGCAUGGAGAAGACAGGGAUCAGCAUCACGAGGGAGCUCAUGUGGUGGUGGGGAGUGAGGCUGGCAACUGUCCAGCAGCUCCUGGACCUGCUGCAAGGGCUGCAGCUCUACCGAGCGGCUCAGGUCAUCCUGGACUGGACAUCAACCUCCAACAUCACCAGCCCCAAGAAGGAGGAGCCGGUGGAGCCACCCCAACAGGAGAUCAUCUCUGUGCCUCCCUCAGAAGGCAAAAGGAGAGAGAAAGAAAACGAGAUUACUCCACUGCCCCUGCCAGAGCCCUCCCAGCUGGGAGCAGCCCCAGCAGGCAUUCCAGGUGCUGUUUCUGAAGGAGCCAUGUACUCCCUCCCUGCUCCACCACCUCCCCCAAGAGACCUUCUGAAUUCCCUACAGUCCAAUCUCCCUGUCUCAUCGAGUGUGAAGCCUUGCAGCUCUCCUGCUCCUCAGCAGGAGACGAUGGCUGAUCUCCCCAGUGGGAGUCUCCUGUGGACACAGAGGGAAGUCACCAACGCCACAAACAGCUUCAGUGACAAGAACAGAAUCUGUGAAGGUACUUUUGCAGACAUCUACAAAGGUCAGAGGAACAAUGUCAUCUAUGUCGUCAAAAGACUGAAAGAGCUGGAAUGCACCAGCCCAAAUUCCACCCAGAGGUUCUUUCAUACGGAGGUGCAGAUCUGCUUUAGGUGCUGUCACAUCAACAUUCUGCAGCUGCUGGGCUUCUCGGUGGAAACUGGAUUGCACUGCCUGAUAUAUCCCUAUCUGCCCAACGGCUCCCUGCAAAACAAGCUUCACUGCCACGAUGAUUCCUCUUCACUGAGCUGGGAGAUGCGGAUUAGCAUCUCCAUAGGAGUCAUCCGAGCUGUGCAGUAUUUGCAUAACUUUGGCAUUCUUCAUGGGAAUAUCAAAAGCUCAAACAUCUUGUUGGAUGAAAACUUCACUCCAAAGCUUGGGCAUUCUGGCCUGAGAUUGUAUUCUGCUGACAAAAAGUCAGGAUAUGCCACGAUGAAAACCAAAGUGCUACAAGCUUCUCUUACUUACCUGCCAGAGGAUUUCAUCAGACAUGGACAGCUCACAGAGAAAGUGGAUCUGUUCAGCUGUGGUGUGGUGUUAGCAGAGGUUCUGACAGGGAUGAAGGCACUGGAUGAAGGCAGACACCCCAUUUACCUGAAAGAUAUGAUUGCUGAUGAGAUCCAAGCAGCAAAGGAAAGCUCGCACUCCAGAGCAAAAACCUUGGACAAACUGGCUGCCAAGGAGAUCUGCCACAAGUAUCUAGACAGGAGAGCAGGACACUUGCUGGAAGAGGUUGCUGUUGAUUUUGCCUCAGCCAUCUGCCUCUGCCUGAGAAAGAAGAAUUCUAGCACAGCUGAGGUGCUGGAGGUGCUGGAAAUGGCUGAAAACAAACUGAGAGAGCAUUACACCUGUGGGAGCAGCACAGGGUUCUCCAUGAACACCCCGGAGGAAACGGAUGAUGAGACAGCCAGCCUGAGCAUGGAUGUGCCCUGUGCUGUGGGGAGCAGGGAGGAGAGCAGCCAGGCAGUGAUCCUGAGCAGCACCAGCCCCUGUGCCCCAUCCCUGGGAGUCACAGCCCCUGACAUGUACUGCGGGGACGAGUCGCGCGUGCCCUGUGAGUCCGACGAGUCCAGCAGUUUCCUAUGGAACCCUCCAGACAAAGCCACAGAGGAGCUGUGCAGCCACAGCUGGGCCAGCUCAGAAAAGGCAUCAGGCCCUGAGUGCAGCAUCAAGAAGGAAAAUCCUUCCCAGGGGCUGCAGGAACGGAACGCGGCGUGUGCCGUGGGUGGGAGAGUCCUGGAACCUGGGGCUGCUGCAGAGGGAAACACUGACCCUGAUUCCUCCUGUGCCUCACAAGCCUUAGCCAGAGAGACAUCCUGGAAUAUACAGAUAAACGAUCAAAAAAAGAAGCUGAUGGAAAACAUUUUGCUGUAUGAAGAAGAUAAGUUAAACAGUUCUGAACUCUUUGAAUCAUAA